UUUUUUUUUUUUCCCCUCGUUACACCGAAAGUGUGUCACAGAUUGUGUGCGGUUUUUGUAAAACAAAAGCAGUGCUGAGACGCGCAGCUCCGUCGAGAUGGUGGCGAAACAGAGAAUCCGCAUGGCCAACGAGAAGCACAGCAAAAACAUCACGCAGCGAGGCAACGUCAAAUCAUCGAAAACUACCACGGACGACAAAGUGGCAGUGGGUCCGUGGCUCCUGGCGCUUUUUAUCUUUGUCGUGUGUGGGUCAGCCAUAUUCCAGAUCAUCCAGAGCAUCCGAAUGGGAAUGUAACAGGAAUCGCGGCCGCACCGCACAGCGACGACUCGCCGUUCCUAACGUUCUCCUGCUCCUUCGCACAAUAACGGAAUUCCUCUCGCCACCUUUUUCCGGGGGUUUAAUUAUUUUUAGCGAUUUUUCUGUGGUCCGAGGUGGAUCGGCACGCUGUUCCUCUUUCCUGUGCCUUACUAUCACGAGAGAGAUCCUGUCAAAGCUGUUAACCGCCGUCCAAUACGCUUUGUUCUCUCAGUGCAAGCUAAGAUGUGAAUCGUCUUAAUUUCUUACAUUCCUCUGGAUUAUGUGAUAAUUUUAUCUUGUGAUUUUUUUAGUAUUCAACUGACCAAAAUAGCGGGGAAUUUCGCAGAAGGAGAUAAAAGCCGGGGAACAGAACAGAAUCAUGGAAAGCAAUCAAUGAAUUUAAAGAUCGACCUUCUCCAUUCGACCACUAAUGUAAUUCUCUUCCAUUCCUCAUUCUGAUUUUUUUUUUUUUUUUUUUUUUUUAAUCAUUUUGUUUAUUCUAGCAGUAUUUCUGUCGCCUGCCUCUUUUUGUUUCAGUUCUGAUUAGAGCCAUAGUUUUUGGGGUUUUACUUAUGGGUUUCAUGUCAUUUACAGUUCUCAGGCACAUAUACUGCUCUUUGGCAUAACCCCCCCCACAGUAACCUAGAAAUUGUGUGUAGUCUGACUCGAUGGAAGCUUUGAAUAAGUUCAUGGGGUGAAACUGAAAUAAAAUGUCAUUGAGA